UGUAUUUAAUCCUUCUCAGCUCUGUUCUCCCUCAUUCUCAUCCCUUCUUCUCCCUCUUUCUUCUUCUUCUUCUUCUUCUUCUCUCUCUUGUCUUUGCCACUGCUAGAAACUAGAAAGUUAAAAAAGAAAGAACCAUGGCCAAAAGCGGCGGAAAGACGAGUAGCUCUUACUCUGCUGAAGAGGUGAGUAGCAUUGAAUGGGAGUUCAUUAACAUGUCAGAUCAAGAAGAAGAUCUAAUUCACAGAAUGCACCGACUUGUUGGAGACAGGUGGGGCCUGAUAGCUGGGAGGAUUCCAGGACGAAAAGCUGAGGAGAUUGAAAGGUUUUGGAUGAUGACAUAUGGAGAAGUGUUUGCCAGCAAACGAGAACAACUCAACAGACGAAGCUCUUCAUGUUAAUCAUUCUUCAUUCCUUCUUUUCUGUUUUUCUAUCUUUCUGCUUUUCAAAUCAAUACCGUCAUACUCUGACCCACUUAUUAUGGCUUGCAUGUGCUUUAUGGUUACAUACAUCAAUCUACUUCUUAUCUAUUUAUAUA